UUGUAAACCAUGAAUUUCUUGUUUAGGGAACUCUAUCUCAAGCGCCUUAUUCCAGGUCUCAAAAACCUACAGAAACCCACCAGUAGUAGUAAAGGUGAUGAAUCUGAUAACCCAUGUUCGAGUCACAAUGUCAAGCUGGCAGCAGAUGUUUCCCUUGCCCUAACUGCAAACCGCUCAGCCUGGGGCCGCGCCCUUCUUAGCAGAAUUUCUAGAGAUGAGAAUAACAGAUCUGUUCUCAGGAAAAUUUUGGAGCCCAAGAAAUUCCGGGCGAUAAUGGCACAGAGGGCAAUAUACAAAUCUCGUUUCAGAUUGCAGUCCAGGCGAAAACUUGACCACAUGAAGAGUCACAAGAAUUCGAGUCACUGUUUGUAUAGAUAUUUGUGCUCUGCAAGAUUCGAUACUGUGACCUCAUCGAAUGCCCGGGUUCUAAACAGACGUACAAGGGAACUCCAAAGGCUGGUUCCAGGUGGGAAAUCAAUGGGCACUGCCUGUUUGCUCGGAGAAACAGCGGAUUACAUCUCAUGUCUUAAAACACAGGUAGAAGUCCUACAAUCUUUAGUGAUUUCUCUCAAUGAUGAUCAAUAUGAAUCCCAUUGAACAUACAAGAGAUUUAAAAGAAAAUUGAAUAAAAACUGCUAAAGCUGAUUAUCAUGGCUAGCAUGUUUA